AUGCAUUUUCUGUGCCUUCAUGGAGCCAUUGGCAAUAUUGAUAAUAUAAGUAUACAGUUAGCGCCGCUAGAAAAGGAGCUCGCCAAAGAUAAGACAGCAACAUUUCACUAUAUCAAGGCACCGGUCACAGUAAACCCGCCUGAAGGUUUCAAGGAGUGUUUUGGGCCUGGUCCUCAUUAUCGAUGGAUGGACGAUGGAGGUAGCGGUCAAGACUCAAUGUUAAAUCGCAUUCGAGAGCUUCCUGUUGGUCAUAACCCUGAAGAUGUCAUGCGAACUCUGGCCUCAAAAGAGGUGAUGUGGAAAAAUAGAGAUUCGGUGAUGAAAUACCUGAACGAUAUGCUGGACACACAUCCAGAAGUCGAAGGGCUCAUUGGAUACAGUGAGGGGUCUGCCAUGGGGGCCACAUAUAUUCUCGAUGAGCAAGAUCGACUGGAGCGAGAGAGCAGACCGCGUAGAAUCAAGUGUGCUCUUUUCUUCACUGGAUGGCCGCCGGCUGCAGCCGAUAACAGCCUUGUUUUGGCCGAUGAAAGUGAUAUUACUAUCGAUGUACCUACUUUGCAUGUGGUUGGGGCUAAUGACCCCUAUCGAUACGGCGCACUGGCCCUAUAUAAUGUCUGUGAUCCAGACACGGCUAUCAUGUUUGACACUGGAAAGGGGCACACCAUCCCCCGGGCUGGCCCGGUGAUUUCAGAGUUGGCAUUCGCAGUUCAGGAACUUAUCUUGAAUGCUAAAUCUGCCGAUUCGGCAUGAGAUCCUUAUCUGGCAAAUCGUAUCAGGCGUUCUUUGAUUAUAGAACAAUGUCGUAAUUAAACCUCUGAGGAACAAAUGAGAAGACUUGGCAUGUUG